AGUUUUAAUGGUUUGAAUGAACAGGGGACGUGAGUUCUUGAAAACAGUAACCACGGUGGUGCAUUUUCCCCCCUGCACGUAACGUACAGCACUCUACCGUUUUGCCAAGCACUUGGUGCUCCUAAAAUUUCUGUUGCAUUGUUGUUUGAAUGAAUGAAUAAAUGAGUCUUUUAAAAGUAAUUGUAGAAGUUGCAGCAUUAAGAAAUAAAGAGGGAGGCUAGUAAAAAUGCAUUUUUAUAGAGAUGUUGGGAAAGGCUUGCUUGAAAUUACACGUGGGACUUUUACUAGAUAGGCGCUUUGACCAGCUAAGCAACAGGGCUCCCUCGUGUGGGGCUUUUAGAAUGUAGCAACCACUGACACACAGGGAAGGAUUAUGCGAUCAGGUGAGAAGGUGGCCGAUCCUGACUGGCUGGAAGCAGAUGCAUUCUGGUAGUUGAUUGGUCCACAGGUAGAGUGGCGCUUGUUACGUCCUCAGGCUCCCAGCAUUCAAUCGUAGCCUUUCGGACAGCUCGAAGCCUUCUGUGGAGAGCUCGAAGCCUUCUGUGGAGAACUCAAAGCUGUCCGUGGAGCCCCAGACGAGCCAAAGCCCACCUUCUCCUCAGCCUGAGCUGUCUUGAAGAUGAGUAAGAGUGGGUUUGGGAGCUAUGGCAGCAUUUCUGCUGCUGAUGGAGCGAGUGGAGGCAGUGACCAACUGUGUGAGAGAGAUGCAGCUCCUGCUAUUAAGACCCAAAGACCUAAGGUCCGAAUUCAGGAUGUUGUACCGUGUAAUGUGAACCAGCUUCUCAGCUCUACUGUGUUUGACACUGUGUUCAAGGUUAGGGGAAUUACAGUUUCCCAGGUCUCCAUCGUGGGGGUAAUCAGAGGGGCAGAGAAGGCUUCAAAUCACAUUUGUUACAAAAUUGAUGAUAUGACCGCGAAGCCAAUCGAGGCCCGACAGUGGUUUGGGAGAGAGAAAGUCAAGCAAGUGACUCCGCUGUCAGUCGGAGUAUAUGUCAAAGUGUUUGGUAUCCUCAAAUGUCCCACGGGAACAAAGAGCCUUGAGGUAUUGAAAAUUCAUGUCCUAGAGGACAUGAACGAGUUCACCGUGCAUAUUCUGGAAACAGUCAAUGCACACAUGAUGCUGGAUAAAGCCCGUCGUGAUACCACUGUAGAAAGUGUGCCUGUGUCUCCAUCAGAAGUGGAUGAUGCUGGGGAUAACGAUGAGAGUCACCGCAAUUUCGUCCGGAAUGAAGUGCUGCGUUUGAUUCAUGAGUGUCCUCAUCAGGAAGGGAAGAGCAUCCAUGAGCUCCAGGCUCAGCUCUGCGACCUUAGCGUCAAGGCCAUCAAGGAAGCGAUUGAUUAUCUGACCGUUGAGGGCCACAUCUAUCCCACUGUGGAUAGGGAGCAUUUUAAGUCUGCUGAUUGAAGCAGGGAAACAUCCUUUCAUUUUCCGAAGACCCUUGCAUCCAGCUGUGAGUAAUUUUGACCUGUUGACUUUUUAGGAAGUAGGACUAAAAAAAAAUCUCAAGUGGCAUUCUUUGUCAACUCGCUGCUUUUCUAACUGCUUUGAACUUUUCGGAUUUUCUAUAUUUGAAGCUCAGAGAGAUGGUGAUGGAUAAAUUGACAACUCUGUAGGAUUUACUAGCAAGCUAAUGGAAACAUGAUGAUUUUGGGGGAAGAAAAACUACAGAAAAUGUAGAAAUUUAUUAUUUAAUUGUGUUGGAGCUUCUUUUUCCAAAAGAAAAACUAGUUGCAGUCAGGGAGCCAGCGAAAAGACAAAAAAAAAAAAAAAAAA